CCUCAAUGUGAAUUCCAGUUCUACGUUUCAUUGCCACUUGUGCCAGUUUUUUACCUGUAUCAUUUUGUGAAGUUAGGUUGUGAUUUCAAAGAGGAAGAGAGGAGAUGUGAUCGAGGGUGUAAUCAACACAACAGUUCAAAAACCUUUUUAUACAAGGAAGAUGUCACUCGGUUGUGCUCCAUGGAUAAAUUAGCUUGAGAAUAAUUAGUUUCAACUGUAACUUAUAUGUAAUAUGAUGGAAGGUGAUGAACAUUGUUAUAAUGGAAAAACGUGUUGGCCUUUGAAACAGGGAAGAGAGAGAAAUUUUAAUAAAGCAACAACAGUACUCAGGUUAUACAAUUUGCUGUUUUCGCUUGUGCUUUUAACCAGGUGAGAGAAGCUACAUCGUGGGCUUCUUCUCGUAAGUGAAAUUGCAUUGUAUAUGUGAUCGAGCGAACUAUUGUGAAUGGGGCAUCGCUAAUUUGGUUUGGAAAAUAGAAGGAAAAGAAAAGGGGCGUCGAGGCGGGGCCUGUUGCCACUAAGCGGGGAUGUGAACAUUGUGAAGGCCGAAGGGUAUGAUUAAAAAGGCCUAACGAACACCUCCUGCCCCAGCACGCGAUCGUGGCGAUCCGGGCCCACAAUCUAACUGCUCGUCGAACAAUUUUUUUUUUUGGUAAUUGUAAUCCGACUCCUUGUUACAAGUACAGCGGACUACAACUAUAAAUUCCCCGGUUGCUUCACCUCCCGCCACAUUUUUCAUAUCUUUACUCAAAUUCUCAAAGAAAACUCACCGGGCUUUUUUCCUCUCGCUCCGAUUCUUAAUUUUCUCUGAAAGCGCUGAGACCAUGGUUGUGGCGCAGAAAGUGAAGGAAGCUGAAAUCACCGAGCAGGAUUCGCUUCUUCUGACGAGGAACCUGCUCCGCAUUGCUAUAUUCAAUAUUACCUACAUCAGAGGCCUAUUUCCAGAGAAAUACUUCAAUGAUAAGUCUGUUCCCGCUUUGGAGAUGAAGAUCAAAAAGCUCAUGCCGAUGGAUGCAGAGUCUCGCCGACUGAUUGAUUGGAUGGAGAAAGGUGUAUACGAUGCAUUGCAGAAGCAGUAUCUGAAAACGCUUUUGUUCUGCGUUUGUGAGGCCGUAGACGGACCAAUGAUUGAGGAAUAUGCAUUUUCUUUCAGUUACUCCAAUUCUGAUAGCCAGGAGGUUUCAAUGACUCUCAAUCGCACUGGAAACAAGAAACAGGGUGGAACAUUCAAGUGCACCUCCACGACCGAGAUUACUCCAAAUCAGAUGAGGAGUUCUGCUUGUAAAAUGGUUCGGACACUGGUUCAGUUGAUGAGAACUCUGGAUAGGAUGCCUGAAGAGCGUACGAUUCUCAUGAAACUGCUCUACUAUGAUGAUGCGACUCCUGCGGAUUAUGAGCCUCCAUUCUUCAGAGGCUGCACGGAAGAAGAAGCUCAUAAUCCAUGGACCAAAAACCCUUUGAAAAUGGAGGUUGGGAAUGUGAAUAGCAAACAUCUCGUAUUGGCUCUCAAGGUAAAGAGUGUGCUCGAUCCCUGUGAGGAUGAAAAUGAAGAUAUUCAGGAUGAUGAAGUGAGCCUUGGAGCUGAUUCUGUUCUGAAGGAUGACUACUCUGAUUCUGACAGCGAGGUUAACCAUUCAGAUGGAGAUCAAUAUAUAGUUGCACCAGUCGAUAAACAUCAACAACAGGAAAAUAACAAUGGCAUCGUUGAUGAAGAUGAUACUCAGGAUCCAGAGGAAGAUGAAAACCAACUGGCCCGAGUUAAGGACUGGAUCAACUGUCGUCACGUCGAUACUGUUGGGCUUACUGAUGUUCUCUCAAAUUUUCCGGACAUCUCUAUGGUUUUGAGCGAAGAAAUCAUGGAAAAGCUUGUUAAGGAAGGUGUUCUAUCGAAAACUGGAAGGGACAGUUAUGCCAUUAACAAGCAAAGGGACUCUAGUUACGAGUUCACAAUGGUGAAGGAAGAAAUAGAUGGGCAAGUAGUUCCUGUUGGUGGCAAAAUCCCCCAGGUCGAAGAUCACAUGUAUAUGAAGGCUUUGUAUCAUGCUCUUCCGAUGAAAUACAUAACCGUUUCGAAGCUUCAGAGCAAGCUCGAAGGAGAAGCCAACCAGGCCGCUGUUCGCAAAAUAAUCAAUAAAAUGACUAUAGAUGGUUUUGUUGAAGCCAAAGGCAACCGAAGGCUAGGCAAGCGCGUGAUCCGUUCUGAAACGACUAAGAAAAAGCUGCUAGAAGUCAACAAAGUCUUCAACACUACGGCUAUGGAAGUUGAUACUAACGAACCACAUAACAAGUCCAACCAUGUAGAGUUCCAGGCUAUAGGGAAUAACGACAAGGACAUGUCCACUUGUGGUGUCCUACACUCCAUCGGAUCAGAUCUCACCCGCAUGAGAGUGAGAUCUGACCUAAAUGAGAAUGGCCCGAUCAGGAGCGAGCAGACAAUUUCAAAGAGAAAGGAGCAUGGAAACACCCCCACAAGUAGGGUCGAGGAGCCAGUAGCUUCAAGAGAAAGUUUUGUGCCAGGGUACGAGACUGGAAGACUAAACGGAAACACAAAUUUGUGUGAUGAAGUUGAUGCGGUUAUCUGCAGUAGGCCCAGUCAAGACAAGCGAUCCAGAAAAACAAGCAUGGUAAGCUUUAGAUUCCAUAUAGAAACGACGGGCUGUAGUUUACUUUCUGCAUGGAGGGCAAGUGAAAGACGAUGCCCCUAUAACACAUGGUUUCCGCGACCUUUUCUCUUUUGCAGGUGAAGGAGCCUAUUGUCCAGGAUGUGAAGCGCCAAAAAUCUCAGGCUUCCUGAGAAGUUUUGGAAAUGUGAUGCUACUAGGUUGCCUUUUUCUUUGUAUUCGUU